GUUGGACGGGAGUGUUAGUGUUUGUGCAUUUUCGAGGAAAUAAACCUUGUGCAAGUUGGAAUCCAACAGCGUGGCUACCACCGCUUCUCUUUGUUUCUGUCACAGUUUCGUUGUAAGGUCGUCUUCAUGCACCAAUAUGAAGCCUACAGUCAGUCGCGAAGCGUAACCUGAAAAGUUGAACUGGUGUGGAUAUUGUUUCGAAAUUGUCAACGAACUUAAGUUCGUUGCAUGCAGUUAGUUACUGUAUAUACCAAUGGACAAACGUAAAAUGAUGGCAAAAAGGCCUAGGGUUGAAAAUUUACGCGGUCCUAUCUCUAACGGGCCCAUGCAGACGCGCCCACUCGUGGCGUUACUGGAUGGGCGCGAUUGUUCUAUCGAAAUGCCUAUUUUGAAAGACGUUGCGACAGUUGCGUUUUGUGACGCGCAAAGUACUAGCGAAAUUCACGAAAAGGUGUUGAACGAGGCAGUGGGGGCGCUUAUGUGGCAUACCAUAAUCCUCACUAAGGAGGACCUUGAAAAAUUUAAAACCUUGCGUAUUAUAGUGCGCAUCGGUUCGGGUGUAGACAACAUCGACGUUAAAGCUGCCGGUGAACUAGGCAUCGCGGUGUGUAAUGUGCCGGGAUAUGGAGUGGAAGAAGUGGCGGACACCACGCUGUGUCUCAUUCUCAACUUAUACCGACGUACCUAUUGGUUAGCAAAUAUGGUCAGAGAGGGAAAGAAGUUCACAGGACCAGAACAAGUCAGAGAGGCCGCUCAGGGUUGUGCAAGGAUACGAGGAGACACGCUUGGGAUCGUCGGCCUGGGAAGAAUUGGUUCCGCCGUAGCCCUUCGAGCUAAAGCGUUCGGUUUUAAUGUUAUCUUCUACGACCCCUAUCUACCAGAUGGAAUAGAAAAAAGUUUGGGACUAACUCGUGUCUAUACCCUCCAAGAUCUUUUAUUUCAGUCGGACUGUGUGUCUUUACAUUGUACGUUAAAUGAACACAAUCAUCACCUAAUCAAUGAGUAUACCAUUAAGCAAAUGAGACCAGGAGCAUUUUUAGUUAACACGGCGCGAGGGGGUUUAGUGGACGACGACGCUUUAGCAACGGCGCUCAAGCAGGGUCGUAUACGGGCGGCCGCCCUCGACGUACACGAAAACGAACCUUACAAUGUAUUUACGGGUCCCUUGAAAGACGCGCCUAACCUGUUGUGUACACCGCACGCAGCCUUCUACAGCGACGCGUCCGCAACGGAACUACGAGAAAUGGCUGCUUCCGAAAUACGACGUGCCAUUAUGGGUCGUAUACCUGAGUGCCUGCGUAACUGCGUCAACAAAGAAUACUUCAUGGGACCUGGCGCUUAUCCCGAAGGUACAGUUUCUCCAGCUGGUGUAAAUGGUGGAUACUAUCAAGGAGGCGCUCUACCCGUCCAGCAGGCACAUUCAACAACACCACAUGAAGUACCCCACACAGUCGCACCCAGUGCUGCACCUCAAACACCUCAACCUCAACCUCCCGCAGGUCCCGUUAUUCCACCACAUUUACCUAUUAGUACGCCGGAUCCGGCCAAUCACCAUACCACUAAACCAGAACCAUCAGAAGUACACUAACAUCGCCACCAACAAAUCACCUAUUUUUACAUGAGCUGGACUUUUCUGCAGCGUAUGAAUGAAUUGUAUGUAAUUGCAUUAUUAGUUUGUUUAGUUCAUCUUGAGGUAUACAUAUCGUGGAUUGGAAAUGUCUACAUCACAUCAUUUUAAG